AUGACUCUAAUAGCUAAGGUUAUGCCCCAACAUGCUGAAGAGAUUCGGGAGAAAAGGAUCCUCACAGAAGAAGAGGGGCUAGAAUACCUGGCUAAUAUACACCGCCUUACCCACCUAGGGCCCAAAAAGAUGACAGAACUGGUCAAUAAGUCUCCCUAUCACAUCCCCAGACUACAAAAGACAGCAGAGGAUCUGGUAAUUGGGUCGGACAACGGGCCUGCCUUCGUCGCCCAGAUGCUGCCGCUGUGGACCUUUGCGGUGCUGCUGGGAGCCGUAGCCAGUGAGAGAAGAUACGUGUGCAGAAGGGAUAGGCUGGCCGUGUGGCUCUUCCCAGAAGGCUGUGACAGCCCCAUGGCCUGGUCGAGAACUGGGGGCUCUGUGGUCUGUCAUCAUUCAAGAAGCGACAGGUGUGAUACAGACAGCAUCGUCAACCCUACUGGCGUGGCUGGGAUCUCUUGCGCCUCAUACAGUGAUCUUGCUUUGGCAAGUAGCUGCAUUUCAAUGAAAGGCCCGUGGGUGGGGGGAGGAUGCCCACAGACGGGCAGGUAUGCUGACAGGUAUUCUGGGAAAACAAGCAGAGCCAGCCAGAAAUGUCACCUAAGCACUGGUGAGGCCGGUAAUUUUGCUCGCUGGAGGUACCAGGUGGCUGUCACCUUGUCUAGACAGAAAGUCAUAGGACACAUACUGGCUUCCCUAUUUGGAAAUAGAAAGGACUCUAAGCAGUAUGAAAUUUUCGAGGGCUCUCUCCAACCUGGAAAGACUCUUACCCAUGAGAUUGACUCUUAUGUGGAUGCUGGAGAUUUACAGAAGGUUAGAUUUAUUUGGUACAACAGUGUGAUCAGCCCAACUCUACCCAAAAUGGAAGCAUUGAAAAUUACAACAGAGAGAGAUGGUGGCAGAGUGUUCAACUUCUACAGCUCCAACACCAUGAGGGAGGAUGUACUGCUCACCCUGACCUCAUGUGAAGAGCCUGUUGACAAGGGACCACAACGUGUAGCUGCUAAUAAAACCUAG